GCCCAAUGCUUAAGAGCCCAGGAUAGCCCACUUGAGGAAACGGUUGUGGUUCUCUCGAUGGAACAGAAAAGAAUACCAAAAUCUAUCAAGCAAUUGAAUGAUAGAAUUAGAAGAAAUAGAUGGGAAACAGAAGAAAUAGAGGAGAAGAGGAAGAGAAGAAGAGAGGAAGAAGACGAGAGAGAUAGAGAGAAGAUUGAGAAUAAUAUUUUGUUGAUCGAUUCGAUAACUCGACAAUGA